UCCAAUUCCAUCCACUUUGAACAAUCAAUAUAUAUUCUUAUAUUUAUUUUUAUUUUAUGGUAGUCUAGACAAAGAAAAAUAAGAACAAAACCCUAUCACGCUAACAAAACAAAAUUACUUAUACAAGUCAUAAAAAACCAAACCCUUUCUCUUCCUCUCUUCACAGCAAUCACAAAUUAUAAUGGCUGAAAAUUCUCCUAGUUUUACAGAAAAAAUAAUAAGGGCAGCCACGGUGGUGGCUAAGGCAGUGCCAUUUGUGAUCUUUGGUGCCGCGGCUUUCGCUGUCAUAACCUCUUGGAAGGCCAAGAAGACACCGAUUUAUAAGAGAUCGACAUCGCUCGCGCUCCUCCACGGUGGCGAACUCGCCUUAAAGAGAUUGGUAGAAUACCAUGAGGCUCGAGUUGAUGUAAAUAAGUUAGGUUCUGCUGACUGCGAGCUUAAGCUUAAGAUUUUGGAUAAAAUGCCAAAUUUUAGCGAACUAGGGGGGGUUAUCUCAAAGUUGGAAAUGAAAGGAAGAGAAGACAACGCAAUAACGAUAUUGAAAGAAGAACUGCAAAAGGCCCAAGCAGACAAGAGAAUGCAUGAAGCCUAUGAGAUCGAGAUGUUACUAGUGGAAAUGCUCAUUUACAAGGGUGAUUAUGAGGCUGCAAAAUGUUGCAAAUGCUUGUGUGACGAAAACGUCACUGAUGCUCGUCGUCCACUAUACCUGGCUAUUAUCGCCAUGGCUUCGGAGCCCCCUAAGAAAGAAGAAGCAGAAAGAUAUUGGAAAAAGUUUGUUGAGUUAAAAACAGAGUUCAGUUUCCAACCUAUGUUCAGAGAAAGCAUGGAAGAGUCUGGUAUCAUCAAAAUCAGUACAUGCUUUGAAGAGUUUCAAAAGGUUGUGAAGAAGCUUGUCCAGGACAUAAACAAGGCACGACUACGUAAUAAGACAAAUUUUAAGAACUGAAUAAUAUUUAUUUUUAAAUAUUAUUUGUUAGCUCAAUAACUAUAUAUAUAUAUAUAUAUAUCUUUAUUUAUAUAUUAUAAAUAAUUGUUAGUUCAACGAUAAUAGUUGUUUUCCAUUA